AUGGAAGCAUUUGUAAGUGAUACAUAUGAAAUUAAUGAAAAAGAAAAUCUAUGGUUUUUUCCGUCUUUAAACGGUGAAGAGCCAGAGUUUGUUUAUAAUGAGUUGUUGAGUCAUGCACAUGGACAUUCUACAAUACCUUAUAUUCAUCCUUUAUCAUCUUUAAAUGAUCAACCUAUGGUCAGAUCAAUGCAAGAAAUAGAUAAUAUUAUAGAUUAUGGAGUUAAUCCUACAAACUUUUUCGAAGUAUAUAUGAAUCCUAAUGGAUAUAAAAAAUCUACAUUCAAUGAGAUGAUUUUUGAAUACAACCAAAAAUUACUUUUAAGUUCACUGGAAAAGCCAGAAAAUGACUUUCUUCAUUCACCUUUUAGUGAAUCAGAAGAAAAUAUGCCACUUUCUGGAAAAAAGCUUAAUACAUUUACUGCAUAUGAUAAUAAACAUGUCUUAGAGACAGAAAAACAAGUCAAUUCUAUCAACGAUAUUGAUAUUUUUAACAGUACUACAAAUAUUAAUAACCUUAAUGAUAAUUUUACAUCAACAUGGGAAGAAUCUCAUGAUGCAAUGUUAUCAUCUCAAACAUUGUCUAAUGCAUAUGAUCAGUCUCAACAGCAUAUUCACAAACGCUUACCAACUAUUAAUACAAACUCUAGUCUUUAUGAUCAGUCUCAACAUCAAUCCCCUGAAACAUUAUCUACUAUUGAUACAAAUAUCGACAAUACUUUCUCUUCGUAUUUUCCUAAUUUAAGAGUAAAUACAGAAUGCGCUUUUGAUUCUAACAUGAUGUUAAAACCUUCUGAUUUUCAUAUGACUUCUAAAGAAUUUCAAAAAAACUUUUGUGACCUUUUAAAUAAUCAUGAUUUACAAAAUGGUUGGAAACCUUUAUUUAUAGAAUCCAAUACAAUAUGUCCUGCAUCUUUAUCUUCACCAACUUAUCCUUAUGAGUACAGAGACAAUUCUAAUGAUCCUUCAAUAGAAAUUCAAAAUUGUUUAUGGAAAACAGCGAAUAAUCUAGCAUCAGUCACACCUACAACUAUCCCUACUUCAAUACCAUUAUCACCUCAAAAUAUAUGUCAAGAUAAUUCAAUUCUUGCAUCUUUUAUUCGUUCAUAUAAUACACUAAAAACUCAAUACUCUAUGAAACAAGUACAUUCAAUACUUACUAUUCAUAGGGUUAUAUUUAAACUUAACCACUAUGCACAAGGAUUGAAUUGGAAACAUUUUCUUACCGCAUGUCUUCAACCAUUAUCAAACUAUACACCACCAAUUGCCCUUCCAUGGAAACCUGCUUACAUGCAUUGUCUAAAAGGCUAUCAAGAAUGCUGGAAUUGGGAAUGGGCUCCUAAAAAUCAAAAUUCCAAGCCAAAAGAGGAAAACAAUGAAAAAAAAAAAUUAUUAUUUCUUCCACCAGAUCUCCCUUUUGGUUCUAAGGAUGUUCCUUUGUUCCUUAAUUCUAAAAAGAGGAUCAAUCCAUCUAUGUUAACAAAAGCUUUAGAGAAUUGUCCUCCAGAAUUUAAAGAAUUAAUAACUUACAAAGAAGAAGACUUUGUUAUGCAGUGUCCUGCUAUCUAUUUAAGGCUGAGUACUGAAAUGAAAGCACCAAAUCUAGCACCACAAUUAAGAAACAAAGGACUUAAGCCAAUACAUACAGAUGACCGAUUUUACUAUCGAUCAAGUUUAUUUGAUCCAAUAGUACCUCUGGACCAUUAUACAAUAUCAAGUGAACUUCUUGUUCACUCAGAUCCUAAUGAGAGGCCAUACCAAAACACUAAGUUUGAGUUUAUUGACCGCUACAAUCCUGAGUAUUAUCGGUAUAAAGGUAACAAAAAGCAAGCACAUUGUUCUCUAUGUCCACCUGGAGGAUACGAUUCUGGAGAAGAUAAAAACGAUCCUUGUUUACUUGGAAAUUGGUAUGUCACAAAGUGUUCUGCUUUUUGGUACCACAAAAGAUACAAACAUGGAAUACGCAAAUAUGGAUAUCCUUAUCCUUAUCCAGAAAAUGUAGAAGUCAUCAAAGACAAAUCUAUACAAGCACAAUGUCCAAUGUGUCAUAAAUGGAUGAAAGCUGGAAUGGUAGAUGACCUUGUUCCCCGUGCUUUUUGGACCCAUUAUGACCAGUGUUGGAACAUGGUUGAAGCCAUCCUCAGCCCAAAGAAAAAGAAAAAAGAAGAUGACUAUUGUGAGAGUAGCCAAGCUUAUGGGACCACUUCAAAACCUCUUUCUCAUCUAAAUGGAUACGAAAAACACAUCUUCAAAACAAAAUCUGACCCAAAAACCCUCGGAAAAGAAAAAGAUGACGACGAUGACGACGAAAUAGACGAGCCCUUUUCACUCCCCACUGUCCUCCCUCCCCUAGAGCUUGAUGACGGCGACGAGUACUUCCCUGAAGAAGACGAAUUCAGUUUUGUGAUCCUAAAAAAAACUGUAUAG